UAAUACAUUUUUAUUUUAAGGAAAUUACCACAUGACGUCACUGUAUAUUUGUAGCACGAGAGGUCCAGAAUAGUUUGGAGACCUUUCUAGAAGGAAGAGAACAGGUGUUAAGCGGCAGGUCUGCGAACAGAAGUUCUGCCCCGAGCAGCUGAAGGAGAAUAAGUGAAACAAAGAACACCACGGCUAACAAGCUCCAAAAUGACGGAAAAUGUGAGAUAUGUGCUUGGCAUUGCCUUAAUGGCGUGUACCAAAUUCUGUGGUGAUUCAGCUGAACACCUUAAAAUUACAGUGGGUGUUUUGUAGAGGGCACUGAGCUGUGUGAAAUAUAAUCAUACAGGCAACACGAGAGUCUCCACAGCCCAAAGAUAAAACCACGGCCUUCCGUUCCCAAAAGGAGAUGUUUGAGAUGAUGGAGGAAUCUUUUAAAGUGUGUGCCCACUGUGAGAAGAGGUCACAUCAGUUGUCAAACCCUCAAUGCCUGAAGCGUUGUUCCAAAUGUCUUAAUGUUUAUUACUGCUGCAAGGAGUGUCAAAAGGAAGACUGGGGCAAACAUAAAAAAUUCUGCUCACAGCUGCGUCUUGUUGCCAUUGACAGAGUGGUGGAAUGGCUUGUUUUCAAAGGAGAUCUUCCCUUCCCUACAGUGAAAUGGUCAAAGCCUCAGUCGGACAUUAAGAACUGGGAUGACUGGCUCGCCAUGCAAGGCGAUCUCACUGCUCGCCUCCAUCCCAUUUUGGCUGGAGUGAACAUGAAGGACAUGUGGGCCGACGCUGGCAGGCCUCAACCUGAAGAUGACCUCUUGAAGCAGUCAGUGUGGAGGGUUUGCAGCGAGUUCUUCUCCAGGCCCCUAACCAUAGCCUGGGGUGUUCGACUGUUUGGCUUAAACCCUUAUUCCAAACCUCUCACCAUCCACCUGGUGGGAGCCGGACAAAGUGAGACGCUAGCAGCAAAGGUGACAGACUACGACGAGCUGAACAAGAUGUAUCCAGAACAUCAGGGUAUAGAGAUCGUUAUGGUGGGACCGGAGCUAGUGAACGGACCCAUAAUGAGGCCUCCACUCAGGGCGUUUGGGCCCAAGCAGAGGGUCUAUAUCAGCGCUUAUAAGGGGCUCUACCAUCAGUUCUGGGAGGAAGUUGUUGAAAAGGAAGAAGCAUCCAAACCAGACCUGGUGGUCGGAUUUAACCCUGGGUUUGAUGCCAGUCAGGGUUUGGAGCAAGGCUGGCUUCCAACACUACUUCUUCUCAGGGAUUAUGAGAUUCCAUCUCUUUUUACUUCUCUGAGUGAGCCAGAGAUGACUUAUUCGCUGCAGAUCCUGCUGGAGUUGGAGAUGGACAUGAAGGGAAGUGGAGAGAAUCCUUUCGCCUCUCUCAAACCAGAAGUGGUUGGCUUGUCUCCAAAUAAGCCACCAGUCUUUUGUAACUCGCACUACUUUUGUUUUCAAGGUCUGCUAGAGAGUGUGGAGUUUGAGGAACCAGAUGAGGCCUGAAUGAUGUUAGGCAGGCAUGGAUGUUGUCUAUACAGUUGCCCACACACUAAAAAGAUGAAAUCUGAUAUUUAUGCAGGGGAAAACAAGUUACAGCUUUUAUUACUCCCAUCAAAAUCCACUUUUCGUAUGUUUUUCUUGUUUAAAGCUCAUCGCAUCAUUCAUAUGUAGUGGUAAGUCUGUUCUGUAGUAGAUAAAAAUAUUUU